AUGCAGCAGCCCGAGGAGGGCUUGACGGCCGUUGAGAAGGUGGUGGAGGACCCUCAGCUUAACGAGAAGCGCGUCAACAAGCGCGAUUCCGAUUCCGCUUCCACGUCAACAGCAAAGGAACACGAAACCAAGACUCCAGUCGCGACAGACGAUGAGGCGCUCUAUGCUCACUUGCCCGAGCAUGAAAGGGACAUCCUGAAACGACAACUGGAUGCGCCUCUCGUCAGUAUCUCCUACUUCGGUCUCUAUCGUUAUGCCUCCCGCAUGGACCUACUCAUCAUUGUCGUCAGCACACUCUGCGCCAUCGCCGCCGGUGCUGCCUUGCCCCUCUUCACCAUUCUCUUUGGCUCAUUGGCUACGGCUUUCCAAAAGAUUAUGCUCCGCACCAUCCCCUACGACGAAUUCUACCACCAGUUGACCACCAAUGUCUUGUACUUCAUCUACCUUGGCAUCGGAGAGUUCAUCACUGUCUACGUCAGCACCGUUGGUUUCAUCUACACAGGAGAACAUGUCACCCAGAAGAUUCGAGAACACUACCUCGAAGCCAUCCUGCGCCAGAACAUCGCCUACUUCGACAAGCUUGGUGCGGGUGAAGUGACUACCCGUAUCACAGCCGACACCAACCUGAUUCAGGAUGGUGUCUCCGAAAAGGUCGGCUUAACCCUAACUGCCAUCGCCACCUUCGUGACUGCCUUUGUGGUUGCAUACAUCAAGUAUGCCCCCCUGGCUGGCAUCUGUACUUCAACUAUGGUCGCGCUGGUCGUGAUCAUGGGCGGAGGCUCGAGACUGAUCAUCAAGUACGGCAAGCUUUCCCUGGAAAGCGCCGGUGCCGGUGGAACUGUGGCGGAGGAAGUCAUCAGCUCUAUCCGCAAUGCGACCGCAUUCGGUACCCAGGACAAGCUCGCGAAGCAGUACGAGUCUCACUUGCUUCGCGCAGAGCGCUGGGGCAUGCGCCUGCAAAUGAGUCUCGCCGUCAUGGUCGGUAUCAUGUUUGGACUCAUGUUCAUGAACUACGGCCUCGGAUUCUGGAUGGGCUCCCGAUUCCUGGUGGAAGGUAAGGUGGAUGUCGGACACGUUUUGACCAUUCUUAUGGCUAUUCUUAUCGGAUCUUUCUCCUUGGGCAAUGUCAGCCCGAACGCCUCGGCAUUUACCAAUGCUGUGGCUGCCGCUACCAAAAUCUUUGCGACUAUCGACCGUGUAUCCCCGCUAGACCCUACUUCUGAUGAAGGCAUCAUCCUUGACCACGUCGAGGGUCACAUCGAGUUCCGCAAUGUGAAGCACAUCUAUCCCUCCCGCCCCGAAGUUACAGUUAUGAAGGACGUUUCCCUCGCCAUUCCUGCUGGUAAGGCUACCGCAUUGGUCGGCCCUUCUGGCUCUGGCAAGAGUACUGUCGUUGGUCUUGUCGAGCGGUUCUAUCUUCCAGUCGGCGGCCAAGUCUUCUUGGACGGCCACGACAUCCAGACUCUCAACCUGCGAUGGCUACGCCAGCAGAUCUCGCUGGUCAGCCAAGAACCUGUUCUGUUUGGUACAACCAUCUAUCAAAACAUUCGCCACGGUCUUAUUGGAACACGCUUCGAGCAUGAGUCUGAGGAAAAGAUCAAGGAGCUCGUUGAGAAUGCCGCCAAGAUGGCCAACGCCCACGACUUCGUUACUGCUCUUCCGGAAGGUUAUGAAACCAACGUCGGCCAGCGUGGAUUCUUGCUAUCUGGAGGCCAGAAGCAACGUAUUGCUAUCGCUCGUGCUAUGGUCAGCGACCCCAAGAUUCUGCUUCUGGAUGAAGCCACUUCCGCCCUGGAUACCAAGUCCGAGGGUGUCGUCCAGGCAGCGCUUGAUCGCGCUGCUGAGGGCCGCACCACCAUUGUCAUUGCCCAUCGUCUGUCCACUAUCAAGUCUGCGCACAACAUUGUUGUCUUCGUCAAUGGCUCCAUUGUGGAGCAGGGUUCCCACGCCCAACUGACUGAGCAUGAUGGUCCUUACUACAAGCUCGUCGAGGCCCAGCGCAUCAACGAGGAGAAGGACGCAGACGCUUUGGACGUGGAUGAGGAUGAGGAUGACAUCGAGAACAUGACCAAAUCUCACAUCGCACGUGUCAAGUCAAUUGGUAGCGGCUCGACCGGUAUGAAGGAUGAGGCCGAAACAUUCCAGGACGCCAUGCAUCGCCAGGAGUCUCGCAAGUCCGUGUCUAGUGUUAUUCUCUCGCAGAAGGCUGCUGAAGGCCGCAACAAGUACUCACUUUUGACUCUGAUCAAGUUUAUCGGCUCGUUCAACAAGGAAGAGCGGUGGUUCAUGGCCAUCGGUCUUUGCUUCUCGAUGCUCGCCGGUUGUGGUCAACCCACUCAAGCUUUCUUGUAUGCCAAAGCUAUCAGCUCACUUUCCUUGCCCAAAAGCCAGUAUGACAAGCUGAGAUCGGAUGCCAACUUUUGGUCACUGAUGUUUUUCAUUGUCGGUAUUGUUCAAAUCAUCACUUUCUCGGUCCACGGUAUCGCCUUCGCGUUUAGCUCCGAGAGACUUAUCCGCAAGGCCCGUGGAAAUGCCUUCCGCGUCAUGCUCCGACAGGAUAUCAACUUCUUCGAUCGUGAGGAGAAUAGCACCGGCGCUUUGACUUCUUUCCUCUCAACUGAAACCAAGCACUUGGCCGGUAUCAGUGGUCAAACUCUCGGAACAAUUCUCAUGACCUCGACAACUCUCAUCGCUUCAAUUGUGAUCGCCCUUUCUUUCGGAUGGAAACUUGCCCUCGUUUGCAUGUCUGUCAUUCCGAUUCUUCUCGGCUGCGGCUUCUACCGCUUCUACAUGCUUGCCGCGUUCCAGGCACGUUCCAAGGUAGCUUAUGAGGGAUCAGCCAGCUUCGCCUGCGAGGCUACAUCUGCCAUUCGCACUGUGGCUUCGCUUACCCGUGAGAACGAUGUCUGGGCAUUCUACCAUGCUCAACUCGAUCGCCAGGGCCGCACAAGCUUGAUCUCGGUAUUCAAGUCAUCAUCCUUAUAUGCAGCCUCCCAGGCCUUGGUCUUCUUUUGUGUCGCCCUCGGCUUUUGGUAUGGUGGAACCCUGCUCGGUCACCACGAGUACGACGUCUUCCGCUUCUUCGUCUGCUUCAGUGAAAUCUUGUUCGGUGCCCAAUCCGCUGGCACAGUGUUCUCCUUCUCCCCGGACAUGGGCAAAGCCAAGAACGCCGCCGCCGAGUUCCUUAAGCUGUUCGAGCGUCGGCCUACAAUUGACACAUGGUCUAAAGAGGGCGAGAAUUUGGACCACUGCGAGGGAACCAUCGAGUUCAAGGACGUGCACUUCCGCUAUCCUACCCGUCCCGAGCAGCCAGUGCUCCGCGGUUUGAACCUCACCGUCAAGCCUGGCCAGUACAUCGCGCUGGUCGGACCCAGUGGAUGCGGCAAGUCUACCACCAUUGCCCUUCUCGAGCGUUUCUACGAUGCCCUUUCCGGUGGUGUCUAUAUCGAUGACAAGAACAUCGCCGACCUCAAUGUCAAUUCCUACCGCAGUCACUUGGCGCUGGUCAGCCAGGAGCCCACUCUCUACCAAGGUACCAUCAAGGAGAACAUCCUGCUCGGUAGCCCUAACGAAGACCCCACCGAGGAGGAGUUGAUCCAGGUCUGCAAGGACGCCAACAUCUACGACUUCAUCACGUCGCUCCCCGAUGGCUUUAACACCGUCGUCGGCAGCAAGGGAGGCAUGUUGUCCGGUGGCCAAAAGCAGCGUGUUGCCAUCGCCCGUGCCCUCCUUCGCAACCCCAAGGUCUUGCUUCUGGAUGAAGCCACCUCGGCCCUCGACUCCGAGUCCGAGAAGGUCGUCCAGGCUGCUCUGGACGCUGCUGCUCGCGGUCGUACCACCAUCGCCGUUGCUCAUCGUCUCAGUACCAUCCAAAAGGCCGAUAUCAUCUAUGUCUUCGACCAAGGCAGGAUUGUCGAGAGCGGUACCCACACUGAGCUCUUGCGCAACAAGGGUCGCUACUUCGAGCUGGUCAACCUCCAGUCCCUUGGCAGGGCCGCCUAA